AGCGGCGCUGCCGGGAUCGAACCCGGGUCACAGGCGGGAAUACUUACCACCAUACUACAACGACCUGGUUGAUAUAUUAAAUUCUAAUCUCAUCAAAGAUAUAAACGCGGCUCCUAGUUUCUGCUAUCUCAAAUUCACAUCUAUGAUGUAUCCUUCCUCCUGUACUUCUCUAUGUUGAAAUCCUCUUCCUCCUCAAUUCUGAGGCGACAAAAUUUCCUCAUACGAACACUAAUAGGAAGCCAUUACAACAAUCAAAUUCAUAUAAUCAACAAACCAACGCAGAAAUUAUCAGCUCAAUUUGUGUCUAUGACAACAACUACAGAAGCUGAUUCUGAGAGUAUUUUAAGAAGAAUAACUCCAACUCUUGAUCCAAAUAGACACAAAGGACAAGCUGGGAAGGUGGCUGUUAUUGGUGGUUGCAGAGAGUAUACAGGUGCUCCAUAUUUCGCAGCUAUAUCGGCCUUGAAAAUUGGUGCAGACUUGUCCCAUGUUUUUUGCACAAAAGAUGCUGCUCCAAUUAUAAAGAGCUACAGCCCAGAGUUAAUUGUGCACCCAAUUUUGGAAGAAUCUUACAGCAUAAGGGAUGAGGAAAGAAGGUCUAUCUUGAGUAAGGUUCUUGCUGAGGUUGCUAAGUGGAUGGAAAGGUUUGAUUGUAUUGUUGUUGGUCCUGGUCUUGGGAGGGACCCAUUCCUUCUGGACUGUGUGAGUGAAAUCAUGAAGCUAGCUAGGCGAUCAAAUGUACCAAUCGUUGUUGAUGGGGAUGGACUUUUUCUUGUCACUAAUAAUCUUGAUUUGGUUAGUGGUUAUCACUUGGCUGUCCUAACUCCAAAUGUGAAUGAGUAUAAGCGUCUUGUUCAGAAAGUUAUUGGUACCGAAGUGAAUGACCAAGAUGCUGCUGAGGAAUUAUUAUAUCUUGCAAGAGGGAUCGGUGGCACAACAGUACUGAGGAAGGGCAAAUCUGAUCUCAUCAGCGACGGAGUGACUGUAAAUAUGGUGAGCAUUUUCGGAUCUCCUCGACGGUGUGGUGGUCAGGGUGAUAUCCUAUCUGGAAGUGUUGCUGUUUUUUCAUCUUGGGCUCGGCAAUGUAUAUCUGUUGCAGAAAGUGAUUCAAGUACCAGUCGAGUAAACCCCAUGGUGUUGGGGUGCAUUGCUGCUUCUGCACUACUGAGGAAAGCUGCAUCUAUGGCCUUUCAGGAUAAGAAGAGGGCAACACUUACCACUGAUAUCAUUGAAUACCUGGGGAGAAGUUUGGAGGAUAUAAGCCCCGCUAGCUGAAUUUCAGAGGCUUGAGUAGGAGUGCAUUUUGGGAGAAACUCGAAAGUUUGGAGGAUAUAAGCCGUGGCUGCUGAAGUCGAUGGCUCUAGUAUAGGAGCAUGUUCGGGGGGAAUACCAAAGGUGUCUAGAACUACACUUCUCUACCGCUUUUUGUUUAGUAGUUUGGUCUGAGUGAAUUAAUAAGGUUAGAUAGUCACUUCGGUGAAUGAAAUGUUUUGAAGUUUUAGAGGGGAACUCAGGUUUCUCUACUGGGCUGUUGUAACAUGCACAGACUUAAAUUAUGUAUAGGGUCAGGGUGUGUGUUAAGUGACUGGAGCUCUUUACAUUCUCUGAAGAAAAAAAAAGAUAUAUAAAUUCGUAAUCAAUCGAAAGGGGCCGAUGCCAACCACCAAUAACUUGCCCUU